UUCACCGUAUAUAAUUGAUUUAGCGAUUUUUUUUAUUUUUAAAAAGUUUUCUGGCGAUUAUGUUCACCGCGUCAAGAGAGAAAUCUAUUCACUAAAAAAAUUUUAUUUUAUCGUAACUAAAACAGCGCAAAAUUUGUUAGUUUCAUUUUCGAAGAGCGCAUAAAUAGCGCAUUAUUAUAUAUCGUCUGUGUUCAUUUUGUAUUAAGUAGGGGAGCCAGCUAGGCGGACAUCUUUAGUCCUUUGCGUCCACCCGAAAGAUCCAAAAAUGUCGCAAUUAGCGGCUGCUAAAUAAAUGAGAAAAUCAAAAGUAUUCGUACAGAAGUGGAUGCACCGAUACAAUGGUAAAAAAUGUCGAUGAUUUACUGGAACGUGGCUCAAUAGGCAAAUUUGGUCGAAAGUAUGCUGCGAAGAUGCCAGACAAUUAUCGACGCCAGUAGUGAUUGGACGCAUUAUUAAUAUAAUUGCAUCUUUGUUCUGAUUGAGUACAAUGCAUAUAUAUAUUUGAAAAUCUUGUUUAUUCAUUUUAUUUAUAAAUUAACUCGACCACGCUCUUACUUUACAGACUAUACAUACAAGUCAUCGAAUAUAAAUUUGCGGUAAAAUUAGUAUUUAGGUAAAAAUCCAAAUACCGCGUUGAUUGUUAUUAAUUACACAAAGGACUUACUAAAUGAGAGAGAAGAAUAAUAACAAGCGACAUGUAUACGUUACUCCGCCUCGAAAUCAGCUGUUUACUCAUCGUUGCUAAGAGACUCAAUUCCACCAAUGUUGAUCAAGCCUUAAGCCAUCUUUAAACUAAUUGAAACAAAGACUUAAAAUCAGAUCAAGGUCAAACGAUGUUUGUGGAAUCCAGCCUUAGGGAAUCAUAGAAUACAAAACUAAUAGAUCAUAGAAUAUAGAACUAAUAGAUUAUUCAAGAAUUUCAUUGUCAACUAUAUUCGUGACAUUGAAGGAGAUUUGCAAACAGUUUCUCAGUGUUCGCAAAACAUUCGCCAACUAUAUAUCUGCACUGUGUAAAGAGAAGUAAUUUACGCUUGCUCAAGUAUCAUAUUUCACACAAAAAUUAUUUCCAAAUUCAAAUUACAAAAAAGUAUCUAUUAUCUUCAAGCAAACAAAAUAUACUGGCAUGGAUUCGGACAUUAAUAUGGAUGUGCAAAAAUUGUGCACUGAUAGUUCUUGGAUGAACUGCAAUCAUAAUUAUAACAAUUUCUUCAAUCCAAACAUUUGCCACGUUUGUAAAAUAGAAAAAAGACCUCUAAUAAAUUGCACUAAUUGUCACAUGAUCACUUACUGCAGUAACAGUCAUAGAGAAGUACAUUUUAAACAACAUCAGCAAUUUUGCGCAUAUAUAACAGAAUAUUUAAAACAGAACGACAACAAGGGACGUCGUUCAGAAACAUCCGAAUGGAUUGAGUCAAGAAGAACAUUUUUGCGCGUAAUCACGCAACAGUUUCCACGUAGUCUGGAGCCGUACGAAAAGCAAAUGAUCAUUUUCGCAAGAAAGUGUUGUAUUUGUCAUCAACAGAUUAAAUUAACUCACUGUAGAAAAUGCUAUUCCGUCAACUACUGCGAAUCUCAUCGCCUAGAUUUUAAGCAAAAUCACAAUUUAAAAUGCAAGGAGUUGCGGUUAAGACUUAACCUAGAUAUCUUAUAUAUCAUACCUGUAGAAUUUCAACAAUUAAUUACAUUUCCUAAUGGAUCGGAACCUUUUGAAGACAUGAAUGAGUUUGUUUUCAAUUGUGUGCACUGUUCUUAUAGGAGUUUAGGUCAUAAACAAAUUAUUACAAAAUUCGCAUAUUUCUGUUCCGAUUACGUAUCAGGACCAUUCACGCUGUAUGAUAGUAUGAGAAAAUCGCAGUUAUUAGAUCUUCCAAAUAUGGUGGGACCUCAAUUUGUUAUUCACGUAAUUUCAGCAAACUCCAUUGAAAAUAAAUAUGUAAAGGCUUGGGAACUUCUCCAGCAUGUUUUAUGUCAGAUAAAGGAGCUAACAGUUGUACUGAUAGGAAAAGAAUUGAAAACUCGAAAUAUGAAUUUGGAAAGUUGUGAUAGCUGCAAGUGCCAAAAUCAGAAGGUUAAAGUUGUAUGUCGUCCUGGAUCUUACCCCGAGUACAGGACUGAUCCAACGUUUCAGCAACCAAAUGUGAUCAUAAUGUUUCAAGCACAUUUUAAUAAAACAACCUUAUGGCAAGAAGAUAGCUUAUUGACAUCACAUCGCAUGAAAUGUCCAUAUAUUCUGACAGCUGUGUCGCAAUCUAUAGCGGAAGAGAACAUAAAAAUCAUACGAAAGAUGCUAAAUAUAAAUCCUAAAUAUGAUGGACCAAACAAUUUUAAGUCUCUUUAUCCAUUCAGACAGUUGCACACUGAUUGUGUCGGUUAUCGUAAUUCGUAUGUAACUAUAUAUUGAAGUUCAUAUUCUCUAUAAAAACUAUUUUAAACAAUUUGAAGCUCUUUUAUGCAAUUUCGAUAUCACUCGUAUUAUUAUAAAAAAAACAAAAGAUACAUGGUCUUCAUGAAUUAUGAAUAUUUUUAUAUGAUUUAUUUUGUAUGAUUUAUGAAUGUUUCUAAUAAAGAUCUUAUUCAACUA